GAUGUAAAAUAGUCUCCUUCGACUUCUAAUCACAGUUGAAGUUUAAUUGUUGAAUGGAGUUCGGUUUUGUGUCCCAAACUUUCAAGGGCUUUUUUUGGUUAUUCAGAGAAUAACAGCCAUGAGACGAGGACCUGGGGGAAUCGGGGCCAUAAAUAAACAGAGGCUUGCUAAGGCAAAGUUUGAACAAAAAGGAAAUGAUAUUGCUGAUGCCCAAAUAUCUCAGAUGUCCAAACAAUUGGAGUCGUUCAAAACAUAUCUGGAGGAAUUUGCUACAAAACACAAGUCGGAUAUUAAGAAAAAUGCCGAAUUUCGCGGACAUUUUCAACAAAUGUGUGCUAGGAUUGGAGUUGAUCCAUUAGCAUCUAGCAAAGGAUUUUGGGCAGAAAUGUUAGGAGUCGGCGAUUUCUACUAUGAGCUUGGUAUUCAAGCAAUUGAAAUAUGUAUGGCAACACGAACAAGAAAUGGAGGUCUUUUGCCUCUUGAUGAACUACAUCGUUUAUUGUUAAAAGGAGGAGGAAAAUCCAGACAAGAUGUUACUGUAGAUGAUUUGGCACGGGCCAUAAAAAAGCUUCAUACAUUAGGAAGUGGUUUUCAAAUUAUACCUGUUGGACAGAAUCGUAUUGUCCAAUCUGUGCCUGGUGAAUUAAAUAUGGAUCAUACCACUGUAUUAGAACUGUCACAGGAAACUUCCAACAUUUCGUUAUCUUUAAUAACGAAUACUUUAGGAUGGGAAAUUAAACGUGCUGAACAUGUGUUGGAACACAUGAUUCAAGAAGGAAUGAUUUGGAUUGAUGAUCAAGAGUGUAAAGACCGUUUAUAUUGGUUUCCUGGAUUGUUUAAAAAUAAUUAAAUAUCUUUCCAUAUUUUUGUGAUGUUCGAGAUUAAGGAAAGCAAGUUGAACGACGUGAGUACACAAAAAUUAGUACUUGCAUGUCUUUUAAAAAUUUCAACUUUUCUUAGAUUGAGAAAACCUAAAUCGGGGAAAGAGUUUAAUGCAUGGAGAAUGAACAAGCUCGUUCUCCUGUAAAAAUAAUAAAAUUGUUAGUUGUUGGUAUCAACAGGUUAAAA